AUGUGCUUGGAAGUGUUACCAGGUUAUGAGGCUUGGCCUCAUCAAGUUGAAGCACUGGAAAGGGCAGUGAGGGAGAACAUCAUUUUGAACCUCCCAACUGGCACUGGAAAAACGUUGGUUGCGUGCAUGCUGCUGGAUUGGUUCAAAGCGCCCGGCUAUGUGAGUGUAUUCGUGGUAAAUAGCCGGGCUUUGGUCACCCAGCAAGCGGAGUAUCUCAAGAAGCAUUCCUUGAACCAGCUCGCCGUUGGAGACCUUGGCCCUCCACAUCCAGACGUGGUGGUGGCGACGGGCGAGGUGGUUCGAUCUGCAUUGGAGUCUGGCCAACUGCAGGCCCAGCAGCUGGCUUGUGUGGUGCUGGAUGAAGUGCACUACGCUGUGGGGAAGCAUCCCUACGCGGAGAUCAUGGCUCUCUUGUGCCACUUCGGCGCAUCGCCCCGGCUUGAGGCCUUGGAGGAGCUUUUGAGUGCCAAAGUCCACUGCCCAGAGGCAAAGGGCCAGAAACUGCACAGGUCUGCCAAAAGCUUCGGACUUCAAGAGAUGGCUGCACUGGAAGAGAAAUUUAGCCGAGCCCUUGUGAAUCUUGAGAUGGGAUGCGCUCUGGCAAGUCCUUACGCAGCAAGCAAUGUCACCUGCACAGCCGGCACCGCUGCAAAGAGCGCGGUCCGGAGCACGUUUGGUGCCGAAAACUGGGAGUUCCAGAAAGUCCUGGAGAGCGAAACACCUCGUCUCAGGGGUGUCCUAGAAGCCAUAGGCCCGGCAGGGUGGUAUGGCUUUGUGUGCUAUGCCCUUCCAGAAGUGAUGAUGGCCAAGCUUCAAAGCAAGCUUGCCAUUAUGGAAGAUGAGGUGGUGAAGUCCAACUUGCUGAAUGCCAUUGCACUGGUGAGACCCUUCCAACUUGCGCUGAUGCAAGGUGAAUCGGUCAAACAGCACAUCACUGGGAAGUGUCAGACGUUGUUAACUCUGCUUGAGCAACUCCUUCGAGAUGGGGAGGACAAGAUUCUGGUCUUUGUGGAACGAGUUUCUGUGGCUUGCUGUAUGGCACGACUCAUAUCUUCUCGUUUAGGCGUGCUGGCCUUGCAUGUGGCGGGAGUCCAAGGAAUGGAUGGGCCCACUCGGCAGUCCAAUCUGGCUUCAUUCCGAGGUGAGACUCAGUUGUUGGUUGCCACAUCCUCUCUGGAGGAGGGUUUGGAUGUGCCCAUGUGUCGCUACGUGAUCCGCUACGAUUCCUUCAACAGCGCCAAGAGUCAUGUGCAGGGGGGCGGGUCGUGCAAGGCAUCCAGAUGCACGGGUGUACUACUUCGAAAAUGA